AUGGUUCCUUACAGCUCUCACACCGACAGUGCUGGUCCCUCCAUUCCUAUCUCCGUUGGUUCCUGCAGUGCUCUCUCCGUUAGUGAUAAUUCCUGCCGUGAUCUUUCCGCCAGUGACAGUUCCUCCGGUUCCCUUUCCGCCAGUGACGGUUCCUCCAGUGCUUGCUCCGCCAGUGAUAGUUCCCGUAGUGCUUUCCCCGCCAUUGCUAUUACCUUGGCGGUCGCUCCAGUUCGUCCAGCUCAUGUCAGCUGCCAUUCUAAGUACAUGGAUAGCAUUCCUAAUGGGCACAAAGUUCCCAACCCCAAAAGUCCGGGGUCCUAUUGGGAAGCCGUGGGUCACACGACACCCGAUGAUGGAGACGGUUAUAAUUCUUUUGGGGAGAUGGACUCGGAUGGUGACGGUAAAACCAACGGUGCCGAGUUGGGAGAUCCAAAUUGUGAAUGGAGCCCUGGGUCCACCCCUGCCGGUCCGGCCACUGGACAUCCAGGUUACAGGGACAGCACGGGGGGUGGGGACGGUGGAUUCCACGGUAUAUCACUUCCCCAGCCAGAGAGCACGACAGAAAGCGAGCACCAUGGUCACGAAUGUAAGGAGCACCACCACAGUCACGAAAAAGACAAGCACCACAGCCACGAAAAGGACAAGCACCACAGUCACGAAAAGGACAAGCACCACUGCGAACACUAA